UCGUCGUCCUCCUCAGGUUAAAACCCAAGCCCACUACUCACUGGGAGGAGUCGCAUAGUAACCCCGAAAAGCAGCCAAGCCAAACAAAACCUAAACACUGAAAAAAGCCUAAAAAAAAAAAAAACACCAAAAAAACCAAAUUUUUUUGGAGAGCGAAAACGAAAAAUAUUACACAAAGGGCUCUUAAUAGAGAGGGACUCGACAACGAGUUCAUGGCUUGCAUUUGCAGGGAGGUGUCGUAUUUUAGGGUUAAUUCAUGUCGUUUUGAUUGAGGUCAAAGACGUUGAGGGAGGGUUCGAAGCUUCAAAACCCUAGGAGAGAGAUAGAGAGGUAACGAGAGUGUUAAAAAGAGCGGGAACGUUUCAGGUGUUCUCCGGUUUUUUUCCCCUAGCUCCCAAUUGUUCGACUCCCUAACCCAAUUUAGGUUUUUUUCGUGCUAAAUUUUUGUUUUGGAAAACCUAGAAUUUGAGUAAUGCUUGCAAUUAGGGCACAAUUUCCGUGAUUCAAUGCGUUUAGGGUUUCCGUUUGUUUCUCUUGUGGUAUUCUAUACGCAUUUGGAUUGAAUGCUUGUGGAUUUACGUGGUAUUCACCAAUAUCUUCUUUUUGCAUCAAUGGGAAAGGCCAGCCUGUAGACUUUUAGGUAGGGAUGCAUGGAUGUAACUCAGGAUCUGCUCUCUUAGUAAAUGCUGAGGUUGAUUCCAUGGGAGGGGUUGUUGACAGCGGAGUUGGGAUUGGUGUCAAAACCUCUCCGCGCAGAGCAGCUAUUGAGAAGGCUCAAGCAGAGCUUAGGCAGGAGUAUGAUGUUCGCGAGGAAAGGAGAAGGGAACUAGAGUUUCUUGAGAAAGGUGGCAAUCCCUUGGAUUUCAAAUUUGGCAAUGCAGCUUCAGUUAGUGUCCAGUCUACUUCUCUCACUGAUCAGCAAGCAGAACAUUUUGUUACCAGUGAAGCAAAAGGUAGUUUUUCACUGACUGCCUCACCUCAUGGUGAUUCUGUAGAGAGUAGUGGUAGACCAGGGGUUCCUGCAGUUUGUGAACCCAAUAGUGCUGAUAAUCUCUUACUUUUUGAUGGUGAAAAUGAGUUUCCUGAAGGUGAAAGGAAGCCUACGCAUCCUCGUAAGAGGAAUACUGUUGUUCCAUCAGAGCAAUCUUCUCAGAUGGAUGGGACUCAAAAUGCCAAGGAAUCAGAAGAUUCUGCUAUUUUUCGCCCAUAUGCUCGAAGGAACAGGUCCAAAAUAAAUCGAGAUGGGGCUCGAUCAAGUUCAACAGAUAUGGUUCAAGGUCGAGGUGGUCAUGGCUCUUCUUUACCUGCUCGUGUAGCAUCAAAGGAUGUGAAGGCUAUGACAUCUGAAACAAAUAACCAAAAGGACAAGAACAUACCCUCUGUUAAUACCACAAAACCUGCAACAUCAAAUGGUGAUUUGGCUUCAAAGUUGAUAACUUCUGAUAAUCAGUUGAAUAUGGAGUUGGAUGGUGGGCAGGGUGCUGAAGAAACAACUGACCCAUCAAAAGGUGAUCUAUCUGAAAGCAAGGUUGAUGUUACAGUUUCAAAAAGCUUGAUAGAUGACCUGCCUAAUGAAUCUGCUCAAGUGGAGGCUAAUAAAUGUCCAGUUAACUUGUCUUUUGAGGAACCUGAUCUUGUCGGAGGGAAGGAGCAGGUGGUUUCAACUGGUCUUCAAUGUCCACCUGGUACAGGUGCAACAAAAGCUGAAAAUGAAACUAGUUCUAAUCAGCUAAAUGGGCUUGGUGAUGCUAAAAGUGAUCAGAAAAACAUACCAAAUGAAGGGCAAAAUAGCAGUGUGGCAAUGGGGACGAAGGGAUUAGAUUCGGUGUCCUCCUGCACUCAAAACGGCUUAAGCUUAGAUGUAAAUAAUGAUAAUGAUGUGUGUAUUAAUCCUAAAAAUGUUGAUUCUAAUGGAAAGCUCAUGGAGCAAACAUCAGAAAAAGAUGAGUUGGUAAACAUAGCUGUUGGUGAAUUGGCAAAAGAAAACAAUGAGAUCAAGGCUGUUGAUAAUGGUGCUAUUUUUCUUGAUACUUCUGUGAAUCAAAAUCACUCUCUGAAUGAUUCUAUUGUCAAAGUCGAGGAAGAAAAUAGAUCUGUAUUUCACAAUGAGGCGAGUUGUCCUUUCAACAAUGGGGCGCAACAAAGCAUUCAUGCUUUAUCAGAAGCUGAUAGGAAAGUUAGUACUGUGCUGGGUGAUAAUUCUAACUCCAACAAGGAAAAUUUUUCUGCUAGUAGGCCUCAAGGUACAAUGGAUAACAAUAUUUGUGAGAUUGCUGAGACAACUUUGUCUGGAAGGACCUCUACUGCUAAUGCUGAUACUGAAAUUAGUUCAGAUAAUCAUAUGAAAGUGGCGGACAAGGCACAUGAAGAUUCCAUCUUGGAAGAGGCACGGAUUAUAGAGGCUAAGCAGAAUAGGAUUGCAGAGCUAUCUGUUGGUACCUUUCCUUUGGAGAAUCGCCGAAAAUCUCAGUGGGACUUUGUCCUUGAGGAAAUGGCAUGGUUGGCAAAUGAUUUUGCUCAGGAGCGCCUUUGGAAGAUGACUGCUGCAGCUCAAAUAUGUCGACGUGUUGUUUUUACUUUGCGAUUGAAAUUCGAAGAACAAAAUCAGCAUCGGAAACUUAAAAGAGUAGCUUUAACCAUUGCUAAUGCUGUUAUGGACUUUUGGCAUUCAGCAGAGGUGCUUCUAAAUAGUAAGGUUGCAAGUUUUGGUCCAAAAAACUGUAGCCAUGAUUUGGUGGUAUCACAGGCUAGUGAAGUUCUUAAGAAGACUGCUGAACUUGAUAUGGAUAUGAAUAAGGAGCAGCAGCAGCACCACCCUGGAAAUAAGUAUGAACUUGCUAUUCAGGCAUAUGCUCUUAGAUUUUUGAAGUAUAGCAGCUCCCCUGUUCCAUCACUUCAAGCUGAAGCACCAGCAACUCCAGACAGGAUGUCUGACUCAGGCAUGAUGGACAUUUCUUGGGAUGAACACCUAACAGAAGAAAGUCUCUUCUAUGCAGUUCCUUCAGUUGCUAUGGAAACCUACCGAAGAUCUAUUGAAUCUUAUUUGGUACAGACAGAGAAAACUGGGAGUAGCGUGCAAGAGGAGAUUGAAACAUCUGUUUAUGAUGCUGGAGCUGAGUUUGGAUAUGAUGACUUUGUGUAUGAUGAGGAUGAAGGAGAAACAAGUACGUAUUAUUUGCCUGGAGCCUUUGAAGAUAGCAAACCAUCAAAAUUAAACCAGAAGCGGAAGAACCCAAUGAAAUUAUAUCCUGCAAUACCAUAUGAAAUGGGUGCUGAUUUGCCAUAUGGAAACUGUUCUCAACAGUCCAUGUUGAUAGGUAAAAGGCCUGCCAGUAGUCUAAAUGUCGGUCCAAUUCCAACGAAACGUGUACGUACUGGUUCCAGGCAGAGGGUCUUAAGUCCUUUUAGCAGUGCAGCUGCUGCUGGGGGUUUACAGGCUCCAACAAAAACUGAUGCUUCCAGUGGAGAUACUAAUUCUUUUCAGGAUGAUCAGAGUACUUUGCAUGGAGGAUUCCAGAUCCAGAAAAGCAUGGAGGUUGAAUCAGUUGGGGACUUUGAAAGGCAGCUACCAUAUGACUGUGCAGAAACACCAACAAAACCUAAAAAGAAGAAAAAACCCAAGAACUUCGGUUCUGCAUACGAUCAUGGUUGGCAGCUGGAAUCUACAGUUCAUAAUGAACAGAGGGAGUAUUCCAAAAAGAGACCGAAGAGUCAUCGUUUUGGUUCUAGUGGGACUAGUGUUUUAUAUGGGCAACAUAAUUCCAAGAAGCCAAAGAUUAUGAAGAAACAGUCAGAUAACGCUUUUGACAUUGCUCCAAGUGGAUCUAUUCCUUCACCUGUAGGGUCCCAAAUGAGUAAUAUGUCCAACCCUGGCAAAAUUAUUAGAGUAAUUCAUAGUCUUGACAGAGGUAGAAAAGCCAAAACACCUAAGAUGUCUGCUGGUCAGCCUGGUUAUGGUAGUCCCUGGUCAUUAUUUGAAGAUCAGGCACUUGUUGUCCUUGUACAUGACAUGGGUCCAAAUUGGGAGCUUGUAAGUGAUGCCAUCAACAGUACCCUUCAAUUUAAGUGCAUAUUUCGCAAGCCUAAAGAAUGUAAGGAACGCCAUAAGAUUUUAAUGGAUAGGAGUGGAGAUGGAGCUGACAGUGCUGAUGAUUCAGGGUCUUCUCAGUCAUAUCCGUCCACAUUACCUGGCAUUCCAAAGGGAAGUGCCAGACAGUUGUUUCAAUGUUUGCAAGGGCCGGUGGAAGAGGAUACUCUUAAGUCUCAUUUUGAAAAAAUUAUACUUAUUGGCAAGAAACUGCACUACCGGCGGACUCAGCAUGAUAACCAGGAUCCGAAGCAGAUAGUGCCAGUCCACAAUUCUCAUGUUAUUGCUCUUUCACAAGUCUGCCCAAAUAACCUAAAUGGAGGGGUCCUAACGCCUCUUGAUCUUUGUGAUGCCAUUGCAUCAAGCCAAGACGCACCCCUUGGAUAUCAAGAUUCUCAUGCUAGUGGUUUAGCAAUAUCGAAUCAAGGAGCUGUGGGAUCAAUGCUUCCUGCCUCUGGAGCAAAUUCAUCUCUGCAGGGAUCUUCUGGCAUGGUUCUUGGCAGUAAUCUAUCAUCACCGUCUGCCCCACUCAAUGCAUCUGUGAGGGAUGGUAGAUAUGGUGUUCCAAGAACAUCUUUGCCUGCUGAUGAGCAGCAUAGAAUGCAACAAUAUAAUAAAAUGUUAUCUGGCAGGAAUAUUCAGCAGUCCAAUUUGUCUCUCCCUGGGGCUGUUUCUGGAUCAGAUCGCGGUGUUCGUAUGCUAUCAGGUGGAAAUGGUAUGGGCAUGAUGUGUGGGAUAAAUAGAAGCAUGCCAAUGUCAAGGCCAGGCUUCCAAGGAAUGGCAUCGUCGGCAAUGCUAAAUUCUGGCAGCAUGCUCUCCUCCAAUAUGGUGGGAAUUUCAAACCCUGUAAAUAUGCACUCUGGACCAGGUUCUGGUAAAGGAAACUCGAUGUUGAGGCCUCGGGACACCAUGCACAUGAUGCGUCCUGGCCACAAUCCAGAGCAUCAAAGGCAAUUAAUGGUACCUGAGCAGCAAAUGCAGGCUCAAGGGAACAGCCAGGCAAUUCCUGCUUUCAAUGGGUUGAGUUCUGCUUACCCUAAUCAAUCAACUGCACCACCUGUUCAGUCGUCUCAAGGUCAUCCCCAGCAGCAGCAGCAAAUGCCUUCACAGCAGUCUCAUAUGUUGAGCAACUCUCAUCAUGCUCAUCUUCAGGGUUCCAAUGGGUCACAGCAGCAAGCAUAUGGCAUGCGCUUUGCUAAAGAAUGGCAAAUGCAGCAGCAGCAGCAGCAGCAGCAGCAGCGUCUUAUGCAUCAGCAACAGCCACAGCAACAGUUUGCUGCAUCUAGUGCUUUGAUGCCACAAGUCCAACCUCAGACCCAACUUCCCAUAUCUUCUUCUCUCCAGAAUAGUUCUCAGAUUCAAUCUCAAGCUUCUACUCAGCCAGUGUCACUCCCCCCUCUAACACCAUCUUCACCAAUGACUCCUAUGUCAUUGCAGCACAAACAGAAACAUCAUUUGGCCCCUCACGGGCUUGGUAGGAAUCCCCAACCUGGUGCUAGUGGGUUGAACAAUCAGAUAGGCAAGCAACGGCAGCGGCAGCCCCAGCAGCAGCAGCAGUUUCAACAAUCUGGCAGGCACCAUCCUCAGCAACGGCAACAAACACAGUCUCAACAGCAAGCUAAACUUUUGAAGGGAGCUGGAAGAGGGAACAUGCUGGUGCAUCAGAACCUUUCUGUUGAUCCUGCUCAUCUGAAUGUCCUUAACAUGGCCCCUGGGAACCAAGCUGCUGAGAAAGGAGAGCAAAUGAUGCACCUGAUGCAAGGUCAAGGCUUGUAUUCUGGGUCUGGUACGAGCCAUGUUCAACCAUCUAAAUCUCUAGUUUCUUCUGAGUCUUCAAAUCAUUCCCUGCCACAGCAAAAGCUAUUUUCUGGGGCAGCAACCCCUUCUACAAAGCAACUCCAGCAGAUGGCUUCCCUUUCUGAUAAUAGUUCUCAAGGUCAGGUGUCCACAGUGCAUUCUGGUCAUACACUAUCAGCUGUGCAUCAAUCCAUCCUGCCAGCAGCUACGGGUCCAAACCACCAGCAUUUGCAGCUACAUUCACAGGCACACCAAAAGCAGGUUAAUCAAAACCAACCUACCAGUCAAAGGAUGCUUCAACAGAAUCGACAAUUGAAUUCUGAUCCUCCCAGCAAAUCUCAAGCUGAGCCAGCCCAAGCUGACCAACAGCCCAUGAACAAUACUUCACAGAUGGGUACAACCACAACCAUGGCAAUGUCUCAGGCCGCCAUUGAUUCACCUAACAGCACUGUAUUGGUUGUUUCUCCUUCUGUUGGUUCUCAGUGGAAAUCAUCAGAGCCAGUGUAUGAUCCUGGUAUCCCAAAUACGGCCACUCAAGUGGGACCCAUAGGAAGCCUUCCUCUUACAAAUUCAGCUGGUCGCGAUCCAGUACCUUCUGUCAGCCAAGGGUUAGGGCAGAGACAAUUAUCAGGUGGCUUACCCCCUCAUGGAAAUAAUGCUGGGGCACAGUGGCUGCAACAGCCACAGAUACAACGAUCUCCCACACCGCCACCAUCUCAACAACAUUAUCAGCCUCAAGAGCAAUUAAAACAAGAUCAGCAUAAUUCACCCCCACAACAGCUGCCAUUGCAGCAGCAGUCACAACAGCAAACUCCUCAUCUGCAAGCAGUACAGGGCAGCUUUUGUCACAGGCCUUCUAAUUCUAAGCUGGAAUGAAGCAAUCUAGUGGAUGGAGCAGUUCCAACAGCAAUGGCCCCCGCUAGGAUUGGGUUUUCAUGCCCUUGUGACAGCAGUGUACAGAUGAAGCUGGUUAAUCCAUUAAGGCAUUGCAACGUGGAAAGAGGUGGUUGAUAUUUGCAGGUUAGAAAUACACAGAAAAAGUGUUGGACCUUUUUUUUUUUGUUUCUAUUUUCUUUUUGGGUUUUGGGGGAUUAUGUAUAUUACCACUGGUUUAGAGCAUUGGGAAGAUGGAGACAGAUAUAGAGGCCAUGUACAUAGGUCACAUCUCCCUUUUCUUCUACUUUCCUCCCUUCCUUUUCCAUGGUCUCCCUGCUCGUGCAGAGGGGCCCUAUUUCUUUUUUGCCCCAGUAGAUUAGUGCAUGAAUUAUUACCCUUUCAGAUCAAGUGGGUAGCAAUCAUUUUUAUGGGCCAAAGCCUUCGGAAAUUUUGUGAAUAUAAGGUUUCUGGUGUACACACUGGUCACUGGUAGUGGAAUGAACGGCACCUGUCAACGCCAUGGGCACCCAAUGAAUUUCUGUAAUUAGUAACAGUCCUAAGAUUUUGAUAAUGCAACAGCCCUUUAAUCACUGCAUUCCCUUCAUUUCCAUUUGCUUCUGGGUCUACAAAAAUACUAAUCACAAACCUUUUGUUUUUAUUACUUGGAAGUAUUGUAGUCGAAUUUCACUGUCAUGUCAAAUAUCUUACUGUGACAUUGAUCUGCGUUCACGGUUAUGUUUAAGCAUACUACUUGAAUGGCUCAUACAUGGAGAAACACUUGAUUGUUCAGUUCAGUUAAACAAGGAAAUUAAAUUAGAUAAAAUUGCAAGGGCCAAGCAAAGAAAGCAAGAGAAUGAGAUGCAUUACAGCUUUCUGGGCAUUGUAAACACAAUGUUGAUAGCAAUACCACCAUACCACCAUACCACAACUGCUUUAACAAUAAUCAGCCAAUGCUUCAAAUUAAAUCUCUUGUAAACAAACGUCAAAGUGGCACCUAAUGAAACACUCUUGAAAAGGAACGUCCAAGCAUACAAAGAUCACGCAUUUAUUAUAGUUAUAAACCGCUUCUGUUUUAGUUGCACUCUCGGCUUCGAUUCUGUUUUAGGCAUCUGAUUUCAAGCUUACGAGUGGAUGUUGAAAUCUCCGGUCAAGACUUGAUAGCAAUUAAAAAUCAUAAAUAUCUUGUAUGUUCACUAGCCUCUAAGUACAAAAACGCUGUGACAUAACCUCUUCUUUUCAAUGUAUGUAUUUACUGUUAUAAAUGAGUGAGCUCAAUUAUUUGUUCUUUAUAACAGCCCGAGUAAACAAAGGGGGAAAAAAAUUCAUACUAUGUACAGUAACUAGACAACUAUCAGCACAACUUCAUCUAUUUCCAUUUAUCUCACAGCUGUCACUCAUCAACCCCGACUGCCAAUUCCAAGAACCAAAAAAAAAAAAA